AUGUGUGAUCAGUUCUUAGGAACCUGGAAACUUGUCUCCAGUGAAAAAUUUGAAGAUUAUAUGAAAGAAUUAGGAGUGGGCUUUGCCAUGAGGAAACUGGGCAGCCUGGCAAAGCCUACUGUCCUCAUCAGUGCUGAUGAGGAUAUGCUAACAAUCAAAACAGAGAGCCCUGUUAAAAAUACAGAGAUCUCCUUCAAGCUGGGCCAAGAAUUUGAGGAAACCACAACAGAUAACAGGAAAACUAAAAGUGUUGUAACCUUGGACAAUGGCUCAAUGAUUCAUGUGCAGAAAUGGGAUGACAAAGAGACCACAAUAAAGAGAGAGGUGGUGGAUGGGAAGAUGGUCGUGGAAUGUACCAUGAAGUAUGCCAUCUGCACUAGAGUCUACGAGAAAGCAUGA